AUGAAGGAAAAAGCCAUUGGAAGUAUUACUCUGAUGAGUUUCUCAUUGUAUAAUGCUGCUAUAAAAUACUUGUAUUGUUGGAUCCAUAAGAAUAAGGCUGAGGAUAUUAGAAAAAUCAAGGAUUCUUAUGAGGAAGUGUUUAAAAUAGCCUGUACAAGAAAUCGAAUUUUUCCUUUUGAUGUGUUUAAGGAAAAUAAUGAUAUUCUUAAUUUGGAAAUACUUAAAGAUUUGUAUGAUAUGAGUAUAGAGUUUAGUAAUAUGGAAAAUCAUGAUUCAUGUAAUUGUGAUGGAGACAAAUACCAUUGUGCUAAAAAGAGCAAUGAUAUAUAUAAUCGGCUUAGGAAUUGUGACAUACGUUUACCCAAUAUAUUAUCAUAUGCUCAUAUAAAAAUAUUAGUAGUUUCUACAUCAAUUCCUAUUGUUAUAAUAUUAUUAAUAUCGUUUUUUCAUUUUUUAUAUAUGAGGUUAAUAAUAUGUAAGUUUAUACUACAGAAUAAUUGUUAA